AUUACGUGAGUGGGCGUCGCUGGCGGGAAGGGCGUGAGGCAUUUCUUGACUACAUGGCAGAUUUCUAAAGCCGUCUCCUCAUUCACUGUCUCAUUCUCUCAGAGAGCACACACCCGACAGACAUGGACAUCUGCUUUCUGCUCUUCGUGUCUUUUCUCUCCGUGUUUCACUUCAGCAGUGCUGACCAGCCUUUGGAGGAAGAAGUAAUCGUAGCAAGAAAAGUGGAGCUGCUCGGCGGCUGGACUCUCGCUAAUCCCAUGAGAGAAGAUGUUCAAGAGGCUGCUAAAGAAGCUGUAGAGGUGUUCAACACGAAGUCCAAAGCAAAGAAAUACUUCAGACUCAUCAAUGUCACAUCGGCCAGCACUCAGGUGACGAAUAAGAUAAACUACAAAAUAGAAGCCACAAUUGGAAAGACAAAAUGCCGCAAAUCAGAAGAUACAGAUAUUCAGGCUUGUGGCAUGGCAAAAAAGCAACUGACAUGUAAGUUUGAGGUGACCCUCGACCCAAUGAAUGAUGACCAUGAAGUGCAGAAAAUGUCCUGCAAAAGAUCCGCUUAAUUUCACACGGACUCAAGUCUCUACAGUGCUGUACUUUUGGAUAGCCGAUCACACAUUCUUUAUCAUGAUAUUUUCUUUUUUCUGAUGAUAUAGCUUAUUUAAAAUGGAAAACUAGUUAAGAGACCCUAAAGCAUAGUGAAUAGAGCAACAGUUAAUUCACAAAUAAACUGCAAAUCAAAUAACUAUAUUUUAGUUGGUUUCUCACGUGAUAAAUAUUGGAAUUACAUAUACGUGAAAACUAUUUUACAUUAUAGACAUUAUAACCACCAACUUAACAUUAAAGCGAUUCACGAAAAGUCACAUAUGCACUUUUGAACAUCUCACACUCAUGAUUCCUGGCUUGUAGUCCUGAAGGCUCACUUUCCAUUUAAUUUCCCAUUUCUACACAAUCUAUUCUCUGUGGUUGAUGUCACAACCAUUGGAAAAAGUUUCCUGUUGCCAAGAAGACUUCAUUUAUACAGCGGCCUCUGUUUUAAACUGCAUCUUUUUUUCUCAGGCACUGCAACAAGACACUCCGUUCCUUUUGAUAUCUAUAUAUGAAAAAAUUAAUUAAAAAAGUGCAUGAAAGCCUGUCAACUAACACAAUUGUUCAUCUAUGUUAAUAUGAUAAAACAAAUGCAUUAAUUGCCAAAAACAUGUUUUUUUUUUUUUCAUAAAGUAUUCUAGACUUA